AUGUCUGCGGCAGAGGACGAGCCAGCAGCGUCGACGAGCGCACCCAGGAGUGGAACUUACUAUCCAGCACCCGACGAGCUUGAUCCAAACGUGCCCAUCAACCUGAGCUCGUUGCGUGACGCCCCAGCAGGCGGAGACGGUAAACCGUUGUAUUCGAGACUCAUCGAGAGAGAGCACAGAUAUGCCAUCAAGGGCUCACCUGAGAACCGGCUGUUGCUGGAAGAAAUUUACUAUGCAAUCGAGCAAAGGUAUCCAUAUUUCAAGACGGCACCCGCGGGUUGGAAGAACUCUGUGCGGCACAACCUGUCCCUCAAUUCUUGCUUUCAAAAGGUUCCUCGACCAUUGACCGACCGUGGCAAGGGUUCGUACUGGACGGUCGACGACUCUGUAGACCCCAAGCAAGGCAUCCAUCGCGUGCGGAGCCGUCGCAGGAAAAACAAACACGCGGGCGAUCACACUGCGAGCCCGGGGCCCUAUGGAUUUGGAUAUGGAGGUGCAGAUGGGUCGUACGACGCUUAUGCCGCAAUGUAUCCGUACGGAUACGAAAAUGCCAUGUUUCCUCCGCAUUUUGCACCACCGGGCGGCGAGAUGACAGGUGCUCCGAUGACAUUCGCCGAUGGACAAUCGUCGCUCGGGGCGACAACAUCAGCUGGUGCUUCUGCGGGAGGACAGGCAGCGACGACGACGACGACAACGACGACAACGGCCACCACAAUUACCGCGCCGGGACCUGGGGCUUCUUCUUCCUCCGACCAUGGACCUGAGAAUGUAGAUUGGAAGGGGUUGUACCUGAGUGAACUGGAGCGACUCAAGACGAUUACACGUGAGCAAGACAAAGAGGAGGCACCGCAAGAAUGGUACAGGAUGAUGAGCAUGCGCCUGCGAAUGGGGAUGAUGGGGCUGGCGCCCUUUACGGGAAUCGAGCAGCAGACGAGCCAUCUGCGCUCACACCAUCGGCACGAUCUGCAUGGGGUGCUCGAGCACGAGGCAAUGGAUGACAGCGGAGUAAUGGAGGAAGACGAUGAAGAGGACGAGUAG